AUGGCCAACCAAGGAGUAGUUACUUCGAUGCUCGUGUUUAGGAUCUUCGGCUUGCUCGCCUUGGCCGGUUCCGUGGCUCUGAUGGCCCCCAACCACUUCACAGACAGCGGUGGCGUCGAGACGACCUUCAAGGAUGUCAUCGCUUACAGGUAUGUGCUAGCAACGGCGGUGAUCGGAGCAGCUUAUAUAUUAGUGCAGCUUCCCUUUGCAAUAUACUAUGCCUGCACCAAGAAGAGGAUGAUUCGCAAUGGGUGCUUGCCCGAAUUCGAUUUCUACGGUGAUAAGCUUAUAAGCUUGAUCUUGGCCACGGGGGUCGGCGCAGGGUUUGCCAUCAGCUUCGAGUUAAAGAGGUACAUUGACGACGACCUCAUCGAGUUUCACAUCCCGCUUAGUGAAGAUGACAAGUCGAAGUCGAUCAAAUUCCUGAACUGGGGAAUCAUCUCUGCCGGAUUAUUGGCCCUAGGGUUGGUCUGCAUGGUCAUCGUCUCUGUACUUUCGUCCAUCAAUCGCAACUCAUCCACCAGAGGUGGCUUCUUCAAAUGA